GCUUACAUUCACUCACAGUAAGACUCGAAAAAAGAACUCCCCGGCCAACUUCUCACCCGCCAUCGACUCCGUCGUUAUAAUGGAAUUCUGGGGGCAUCUCAAGGGGACGCGAAGGAGGCGAGGAUGCCGGGAUUCGGGUUAGGAGUUGGAGCGGAGGAAUUGGGAGGAGAGGAGAGGAGGGAGGGGAGGAAGAAGAGGUCGGAGCAGCGGCAUUUGAGAGCGGGAGGGAGGAGGAGAGCUGUGGCGAGCCCCGAUUCCCUGAUCUCCCACUCCUCCGACCACCAUUCCGCCGGCAACGGCAACGCCAGCGUCCGUAGUGCCGGCAGCCAGUUCUCCUCCGCCUCCGGCAGCGCUGCCUACCGCCGCUCCUUCGGAUCCGACCAUGACCCACCUUUUUCCCAGCUUUCCGUCUUGCAUUUGGCGGGACGCGAGCGCUCCGGUGGAGCUGGGCUGGAUCCAGAUCCGGAGAAAGGUCCCUCUUUGCUUCUCUCCUCCCCUGAUAUCCUCACCACCCCACUCCACAAAGGGGAUCAGGGAAAGCUUUUAAGCUUUUCUGGUUUCACAGAGCUAGAGAAGGACUCGGUACAGUCAGAAGAAGAAGAAGAAGAAGAAGAGCAGAAGGAGGAGGAGGAGGAGGAGGAGGAAGAAGAAAGCCUAGACCCAGCACAGCACUCCUUCUCUCAUGCCCGCAGAGAAUGCAAGGGCCGCCGGUUCAGAUCUGAAGCUGCCCCUUUACCGGGAAGGAAGCCCCGGAGGCGCAGGCCGGCCUCCCUCGACCUCAGCAAUAGCCAGGGGGCCGAUGCGGCUGUCCUGUCCCCAAGGUUAUUUAUUGGCGGUUUAGGAGGAGGCAUGAAGAAGAGCUCCGCCUCCUCGUCCCGCAGCAGAUCGGGCACAUUCCCCAGCCCUGGGACGCCGAACUACCGGCAAGGUGUUGGAGCUGCAGGGUACCAGAAAGGAUGGAGCUCCGAGCGGGUGGCGCCGCCGGUGGACAGCAGCCGGAGGUACGGGGGCAAUGGUGUUUUGCUGCCAUUCAACAACGGGAGGACAUUGCCUUCAAAAUGGGAGGAUGCGGAGAAGUGGAUCUUUAGCCCCGUUUCAGGUGAUGGGAUUGGGAGGCCGUCGGUGCCGCCACCUCAUCAUAGACGGCCCAAGUCGAAAAGCGGUCCGCUCGGAGCUCCCGGCAAUGUUCAUAGGGUCUGCUCUUCAGCGUCGCCACCGGUCCCCUGCUUCGACGGCGAGAGGGUUGGAAAUUUCGCGGCAAGCUCGCCUUUUCUGGCGGGAGUCCUGAUUCCAGAACGCGGGUGUUGUGGUGGCGGCAACGAUGGAAGAGGUCGUGGAGGAGGGGGAGGGAAAUCUUAUUCUGCCAAUACAGAGCCUUAUAUAGUGCGAUCCGCGAGCACACAAGGGUGGGUGGAUACACUGAUCGAGUCGUCUUCCUCGUUACCCAGCUCACAUGGCACCACUACACAAGAUGUGAAACUUGAAAGCGCCAGAGUAGCAGCCACCAUGGUUUCUCCUCUAUUUUUGAGGAAGGACGUCGCGACACAAAUGAGCCCCGAAGGAAGUAGCUCCACUUCUCCAAAGAAGAGGCAUUUCAUUUCCCCAUCUGCACAAUCAGCCCAUCCCAUUCAAGAGCUGGAAAGCCAUUUAUCAAAGUUGGAGGUAAGAGAUGUACAGGUAGAUGAUCGAGUAACUGUCACCAGGUGGUCCAAGAAACACAUAGCCCGUGGCUCUGAUAGGCGUUUAACAAACAUCAUAGAAUGGAAGAAGAAGACAGUGGGGGCUAAGGCUUCUUCCUGGGAAGUUGCAGAUUCAGCAAAAUCUAUGUCAAAGUGCAAAAGAGAGGAAGCUAAGAUCACAGCAUGGGAGAAUUUGCAGAAAGCAAAAGCUGAGGCAGCGAUCAGGAAACUAGAGGUAAAGAGGAGUGCUGUUAAGUUUGACAGGACGGGAAUUGGAGAUGAUCAGAAGCCUCAAGUAGCAUUUUGUAUCAUAUAUCAGUUUUUUUCUUUUUUGUUUUAUGACCAUCUGGUAUAUUCGAAAGCUAUUUUCUUGUCAAGCUGUUAUUUAGUACUAAUAAAUUGGUCUUAUGCAGGCAGAUUGCAAAUAAUAACCCUUUAGCAUGAGAUUAAAAAUUUAAAAUUCUGUAAGAUGUUUCAGGAUCUGCUGAUGUUUGCCACAUGAUGCGUGUCAGAUGUUGGAUCCUUUUUCUGGAUAUUCCUGAACCGAGGAAAUGGAAUAAGCUGCAGUAUACUCUGCCAACGCAUGAUCAAGUGAGCCCAUCAAAAACGCCUCAAAAAGCAUGGUGGUGUUGUGAUGCCUGAAACGCAAGGCCAUUAUUUGGAACCAUGUUAUGAAUCCUUUUUGCGCGACAUCUUAUUAUUUGGAAGCAUCAUGGGUAGGUCAAAUCCUCUUUAAAUACAUGGCUUGGCUCAUGGAAUUUGCUAUUAAGCAAGGCCAGUCUUGUUAAACGAAAAAAGAGAUGCAUAUCUCCUAUCGAACAAUCUGAUUAUUUUUGUCUUGCCUAGGAAAAUGCUGCAUUGCUGUGACAGUGUAGUGGAUUCCUACUUCUAGCAGGCAUGCUGCUGUAAGAACAACCUCGAAUUUAACCAAUCAUGCUGGGUUGCACCAUUAACAAUGGUUGGAAAAUA